CUCUUCCGCAUCUAUAUUCUCGCCCGCAUCAGAUGCCUCGCCAAUGCAUUCGUCAUGGGCCGUUGUCGUUCGGACCUCUAUAAAGCAGCCACACUCCUUCGCCUAUGAAGCUCCAUCUGUCUGCCUCUAUCUAUUGCCUCAACCCAUCAGGUCUUCCUCCUAAUCCAACUCUUCUCAUCCAGCACAAUGGCAAUCACCUGCCACCCCAUCCCCAAAGCCCCCGAGUCCGAAGUCGACUUCGGGGUCGAAGUCCGCGGCCUCGACCUGGAAAACCUUAGUGACACCGACUUCCAAUCCCUCCGCACGAUCCUCUACACCCACCAAGUGGUCGUGAUCAAGAACCAAAAAAGGCUCUCUCCCUCCGCCCAAUUCUCGCUCACCCGCCGCUUCGACCCAUCCGCGGGGGUCUACAGCCACGGCACGAAGAUCUCGAACCGCAGCGUGCUGCACCGAGACCUCACCACCAUCCCUUCGCAACCGCAAGUGCAAGUCAUCGGGCAUGGCCACAUCCCGUCCUACGAGGGCCUCACCGACCUGCACCUGCAACAUCCCCACCACCGCACCUUCCACAAGGACCCCAUUCCAGCGGACCAAGACCACGACUUCACGCACUUCUACCGCUGGCACAUCGACUCCGCAAUGUACGACCUCGACCCGCCCCUCGUCACCUCUCUCCUCGCCAUCAAAACCCCCCCGAAGCGACACCAAACACUCCUCUACGACGACAACACCUCCACGACCCUACGUGUCCCCCUCGGCACAACCGCCUUCUUCAGCGGCUCACGCCUCUUCUCCCUCCUCACCCCCUCCGAACAAACCUUCAUCCUAACCAGCAAAGUCGAAUACGCCCCACACCCAUACAUCUGGAUGAGCGAAGCGAAAUCCCGCUCCAACGGCCUGGGCCUCCUCUCCGAAAACCUCGAACUCCCCCUCACCUCCCUCCCACCCAUCGACCCCUCCAAAAUAAAAGUCUACCCCAUGGCCUGGAAAAACCCGGUAACCGGCACCCUCGCAAUGAUGGUAUACCCGACCUGCGUGCGCAAGAUCCACCUCGCGGACGGGACGGUCAUGGACGAUCUGCGUGAGAUCCGUGAGAUGCUGUACAAGUUCCAGAGACGGGCGAUUGAUCCGCAGUUCGUGUAUCCGCAUGAUUGGGAGGAGGGCGAUCUGGUAUUGUUUAAUAACCACGGGGUGAUGCAUUCGAUUGUGGGGUCGUUUGCGGAGGGGGAGGUGAGAUUGUUCAGGCAGUCCUCGUCUCGUCUCCUCUCGCAGGGGAGUCGAGUCGAGUCGAGUCGAGUUUGA